CCUUAGACUUGUUCUGUCAGUUGUCGUUUGACGUUGAACGCCGCGACGUGAUUCUUGAAUUCAUUCUUCCUUUUGCCCGUGUACAGUGGUGUGUGUUUGUGAUAUAAAAAUAAAAAAAGUGUGAAAACAGACCCGAAAACGGUUUAGUGUUAACAUUUUCUUGUGACAGAAAAUUUGUGUCCUGUUUCAUUCAUAAGAGAAAAAGAAAAUAUCACAUAAAAGUGUUGAAAAAUAAACGUUCCCCACAAAACGGAAACUAGUGAAACAAAUCACAACAAUAAAGAAAAAAAAACGAAAAGUUUUGAAAAGAAAAUUGUAUCCUCUGGGAAACGCCGCCAAAAGACCAACAACAACCAUCCAUAUUUCAGUGAAUCCAAGCUAGUGCGCGUGUGUAAUGGCGUUUUUGCGUUUCAUCUGUGCUCAACGUACCAAUUUAGUUUAUAGCUGUAGCGUUAGUGGUUCCAGCAGUCUUGGCGCGGGCAAACGUCAAUUUGGCUCCAAUAAACCAACGACUGGAGUAGCAGCAGCAGCAUCGAAUAGCUGGUCUAACGAUGAAUUGAAUUAUUCGACGGCUUUGUAUCAAUCGAAACGUGUUUUUCCCCAGACUUUGUUCGCCUCCAUCUAUGGCCAGCAACAACGUGGCGUCCACACCAAUGCCACUAAAUCGCAGACGGUAGCCGCGACCCAAACCAUCGGGGAUGAGCAGAAAUCAUCUGUCUAUUCAAAAUCUCAGUUACGUCGUACUCCCCCCACACCGAAUGUACCCGAGAAUCCCCAACGGGAUCCGUUGGAUGUAAGUUUCAACGAUCCAGUUGCAGCAUUCAAGAGCAAAACAACAUGGGAGUUAGUGCGAGCUUAUUUGGUCUACAUGAUCUGCUCCAGCGAGAAGUUGGUCGAACACAAUAUGAAGUUGAUGAAACUUGCCAAAACUGUCCUGGGUGGCACUCUCUUCGACCUUUUAAUGAAGUCCUCAUUCUAUGGCCAUUUCGUCGCUGGCGAGGAUCGUCAUAAAAUUGUGCCAACACUUGAGAGGCUGCGUUCAUUUGGUGUUAAACCAAUUUUGGAUUAUUCCGUUGAAGAGGAUUUGUCCCAGGAAGAGGCGGAGAAACGUGAAGUUGAAUCCUCAGUUUCAAGUGCCGGCGAUGUUAAAGAAGACGAUGCCAUGCCCCAAUACCAUGUCGAUAAGUCGUUUGCAGAUCGUCGCUACAAGGUCAACAGUGCCAGAACCUAUUUCUAUUUGAAUGAAGCUACAUGUGAGCGUAACAUGGAAACGUUCAUUAAAUGUUUGGAAGCUGUUUCAGGCGCUACCUUUGGCACUGGUAUUACAGCCAUCAAAUUAACCGCCCUGGGUCGUCCUCAACUCUUGCUGCAAUUGUCCGAGGUUAUUAUGCGCACACGUAAAUACAUGGAAGAUAUGGUGGGUGGUCAAGGCAAUGUCUUAACCCAUCACAAGACCAUUAAGGAUUUGGAAAAAUAUUAUGCCAGUUUGGGCGACAAUAAAAAUGUUCAGGAUUUCUUGAAAAAUGUUACCUCCGACAAAGAAGGUAUUUUGCAUUUGUUCCCCUGGUCCGGUAUUGUAGAUGAAGACUCACAGCUUAGUGACACCUUCAGAGUACCCGAUCCCAAAACUGGUCAAAUGCGUCGUUUGAUCUCACAAAUUCCGCCCAAAGAGGAAGAAAUGUUUAGAAAUAUGAUUCGUCGUUUGAAUACUAUUGUUAAGACUGCAGCUGAAUUGGAUGUUCGCAUUAUGAUUGAUGCCGAACAAACUUACUUCCAACCGGCCAUUUCCCGUAUUACACUUGAAAUGAUGCGUAAAUACAAUAAAGAAAAGGCAAUUGUAUUCAAUACAUACCAGUGUUAUUUGCGCGAAGCAUUCCGCGAGGUUAAUACCGAUUUGGAACAAGCCAAACGCCAAGAUUUCUAUUUUGGUGCUAAAUUAGUGCGCGGCGCUUACAUGGAACAAGAGCGUGCCCGAGCCCAAGCAUUAGGCUAUCCCGAUCCAGUGAAUCCCAGUUAUGAAGCUACAACCGAAAUGUACCACAAAACAUUAACUGAAUGUUUGAGACGAAUCAAAAUACUCAAAGAUAAUGGUGAAGAUGCAAAGAAGAUCGGUAUUAUGGUAGCAUCCCACAACGAGGACACUGUUCGUUAUGCCAUUGAGAAAAUGAAGGAAAUCGGUAUUUCACCCGAGGAUAAGGUCAUAUGUUUCGGUCAAUUGUUGGGCAUGUGCGAUUAUAUUACUUUCCCAUUAGGUCAAGCUGGUUACUCGGCCUAUAAGUACAUACCGUACGGUCCCGUACAGGAAGUCUUGCCAUAUCUCUCGCGUAGAGCACAAGAAAACAAGGGUGUACUGAAGAAAAUCCAAAAGGAGAAACGUUUAUUGCUUGCCGAAAUACGUCGCCGACUGAUGCGUGGUCAAUUGUUUUACAAGCCAAAAGGAAACUAUGUACCCAUAUAAAUUACAAAACCAAACUACUCCUGCUCAUCCAAGUCCACAACAACAACAACUACAUGCCAUAUAAUGUCAUUAUCUAGAAAAAAUGUCGAUUAAUUAAAACAAAAAGAACCCGAAACUUAAUUAAAUACUGUAAAGCAUACACACACAUAUAUACAAAAGCAGAGGAAUGAAUCCCACUACCAUUUUCAUACACACAUACAAUUACAAAGAGUGUCUUAAAAUAAUCUCAGAAAAUAGAAUCUCUCUAUUAAGACAAAAAGGCUUGUUCAUAUUCACAGCAGCAACUUAAAUACUUAUCUAGAAUACUUGUUAAUUUAACAAAUUCAAAUACAUACAUAUGUGUUAAUUAAAUAUUAAAUAUAGAGUUAAACAGAAUACAAUAUUUAUGUAAUUUAUUAAAAAAAAUAUUCUCUCAAUUGUGAAUGUUUGAAAGCCUUGUCUUCUCUUUCGUAUGGUCGAAGAAUGUGUGUUUAUGGUAGCUUCUUAAUUUAAUCUGUUUUGCAUUUUCAUCCUUUUACGAAAUCGAAGUAAACUUAUAAAACUUGUAAACUUGUAAUUCUAAAGACAGAAACUCAUAGAGCCUACAAGACAGUGAGUGACUGCCAGAAGUCAUAAAUUGUUCUGGUGCAAAGAUAACUAAAUGCUCGAAUAUUAUUAGAAUUUUUUCUUCUCUGUUUUAAAAAAAAUUAGAUUUCAACACGCCACGUGGUUAGUUAGGAUGAUUAAAAAAUAAUAAUAAUAAUUUAAACUGAAUUUUAUGAAUCUCUUAUUUUUUUAAGUUGAACAAAAAAAUACUUUUGAGAAAGUCCCUUUGAUUGUUUUUUUAUUUGUAAAAAAUAUUGUUUAGUCGUUUUAGCGUUUUAUUUGUCAUUUAUAUAAGUUUUAUUUGCAUAAACAUUAAACUUUGCCCAACCCAUAGCUACCCCGCCACCACACACACACACUUAUGUUUGUAAAAUCUUAGUUAUUUUAAAAUUGAGUUUUAAAAUAAUUUAAGGAUUACCGUAUUAUUUCUUGUAAAAACCCACCCUCUUCUCCGUUUAAAAAUAAGCUAAUGAUAAACCAACUACAUUUAUUUGCAUGUAUAAAAACAACAACAAAACUAAGUUUUACAUAUUUAUAAUUCUGCAGUUCUUACUAUUACACAUUUUUAAUUAUUAUGUAUUACUAUUAUUACUUUUAUUCGUACAGCUGUAUGUUAAUUAAAUUGUUUUUUUGUUUAAAAAUAUUUUAUUAUUUAAUAAUAGUAUUUCCUUCAACCAAUGUGUGUUUUAAUUUUUUCUCACUUGAUUUUGUCUAAAGAAUUUUCUUUCUGUCAGGAAAUAAAUAAAACAAAUAAAUUUAUUACUAAAUAUUAUUGUUUUAAGUUAAUUGCACACCCAGAACCAUCUUAGAUUUUAUGUCCAUAAUAAGAUUUGAGUAUUUUCUUUAGACAGUUUAUUUGUGGGUGAAUUUUUCACCAAGGAACUCACGUGCCACGGCUCUUUACCUACUAAAAAAUCUUCAAUAAUCUAGUCACUCUACAUUAUUUUUUUAGAAUAUUUAUUUUAGAAUAUUUAAAUGAUUGUUUUUCAGUAGAAUUUUUAGAUCCAGUGGGAUGAAACAUUAGUCUACCCUUAUUGCGGUGGAAAAAUGGUAUAGAGCCUAUAAUAAACAUAUUUAAAACCAAGGGUGUCCAACCUGCUCAGCUAACUAAUAAUAAAACAGUGAUGAGCGCAGGGUGGGGUAUCGGGUUUCUUCUUCGAGUUAUAUGCAUUUUUCAUAUACAGGGUGAGAUAAAAAAACUGCAACAAAGUCAUACGCCAUCAUUUUUAGAUUUUUUUUUUUAAAUUUUAUUGAAUGAAAGCAAAAAAUUUCGGAAAUAUUAUCAAAUUUUAGAAUAUGUUUAGAUUUGUUUGAAUUGGUCACGCUUGGCACGAAUUAUGGCCUUCAAACAGCCAAUGAAACAGUCACACGCUGCCCGAAUGUUGCUCUGCGGUAUUUUGGCCCAUUCCCGGCGAAGCGCUUGCUGGAGGUGAUCGACACUUUGUAUUUUUUAGUGCCAACCUUGGUUUCCAAAAUACUCCAGACACAAUAGUCCAACGGAUUUGAAACCGGAGAUUUUGGUGGCUAUUGUGCACUGGAAAUGAAGCGAGGAACCUCAUUUUGUAACCAUUCUUGGGUGGCGUGUGCUGAGUUCGAUGGUGCUGAGUCCUGUUGGAAUGUCCAAGAUCUGCGGCCAAAAUGUUUGCAUGUACAAGGCUUUAAUACACCCUCCAGAAUAUUUUCGCGAUAAUAUUCGGCAUUUAUACUGAUGCCAAGGUCAAUUAAUACGAGCGAAGCGACCAUCGGCUGUUAUGGCGGCCCACACCAUCGCCAUGGCUGGCGCUUGAGUUCUGGUGGCCAACCGAAGGUGCACAUUUUCUGCUGACCUCUUUGGCAUGUAAACACGAUCAUUUUGUUGGUUGCAAACUGCUGGACAACGAAUGUUUUCUCAUCGGAGAAAACCAAAUUCGGCAGUUCACCACUUUCGGCCAGGCGAAUCAACUAAUAUUUGCCGAAUGUAAUAUUGCGAUAUGUUCAGCUCACGCUUAUUCACCUUUGACAACUAUUUUCUUGAGGAGCGAAGGUAUUGGAAGCCUCGGGCUGCUUGCAGACAAGUGUAGUUUAUGAUGAAUACAUAGCUACUUUAUGAAUGAGUUUGGAUCGUUUUCUGAGUAAAGUAAGCAGAACCGUUUAUUCCAUAACAACGUAAUUUGGAUGCUAUAAAUUUCACAGAAUUAGCGCAAGAGAAAGGGUUUGAAACUAUGAGACAGUUGUUAUUAAAUACAGGGGUUAGUGCGCCAAGUUACACAUCCCAUGACUUAAAGGUCAAAACUCGGCAAAGGCAAGAUAAAGUUUUGCCGCCAAUUAUUGAUUUUGUGGUUUCGGUAUUUAAUGAACUUCAAAACGAAAGCUUCAGUCAAACCACGACAAAGGCAAACAAUUUCAGCACAUAUUUAGGGCUUCUGCUUCUAAUACUGGGUAGAAAAUAUUCUAUUGAGACUGACAGAUAUUGGGAAGGUCCUUCGGACAAACCUCACAAAUAUCAUGUAUUCAAAUUUUCAUAUUCUGAAAGCUUUAAAAAUUCAUAUUUUUUUAAUAUUCCAUGUUUCACCAUUUUCGUCAUAUAGCUUAAGAGUCUUGACACAUUCAGUGGGACGAUUCCUCUGAACGAAAGUCUUUACUCCGUGUGUAUGCUAUGAAUGGGAAUUAAAUAAUAAAAUAUAUUAUAAAAAAACGUUAAAAGAAAAGACACAAAUGUUGAAUAACAUACAUGUUAACUAAUUAAAAUGACAAUAAUAAAAAGUUAAAAUUAAAAAAAAAAAAAAAAAAAAAACAAAACAAAACAGAAAACAAUGAACUAACUAAAACUGAACAUUGAAAGGCGUUUACAUCGCAGUUAAUAUUCACUUAACGAUUCCAUUGCAGUUCCGAAUCGCGAACUACAUAAACGCUU